AUGGCGUCUUUGGCCCUGCGAAAUUACGACGAAGACAAACGAGAAAUCCAGGGGUUUCUGCGGGAGUUUUAUAAAACAGAACCAAAUGGCACCAAGCACUUUGUUUACCUGGAGCAGCUAGUACAGCAGCAUAAUCAGACUUUACCCUUUCUUAAUAGACCAAACUUGCGAACAGAAGCCAGAAUGUUUUACGGGUAUCAUUAGAUGAUCUGUGGGAUACCUCAGAAGACUUAACGAGCGCCGUGGAGUUCAACACUGUUCGUUAUCAGAAGCUCUUCGCCGAGGCAGUUGAUGAGCUCCUGCCCGACCUCCGUGAGGGCGAUGUAAGUCAGACCUUACACAAUAAUCAAGUCUUCCAGCCCCAAAUUCGCGACGUUCUUGAUAUUUUUAUCGACCACCGUAUCAGAAUGGAGCAGAGGAUGCAUGCAGCAGAUGCGGAAAACUCAGCUGUUCCAAUUGGACAGCGUGAUCCUAAUUACCGCCCGAAUGCCACUGACAUGAGGGAGAUACGUUCAAAGUUUCCACCCGAACUGCUAAGACGCUUGUAAGCUUUUGUGGCCUACUCGCCACUUUGAUGUAUUUCGGACUGUUCUAAUGAUAGACUCCUUACCGGCAUACUAUCGCCUCCACAGGACUUGCUAGUGCACAAUAUAUGGCGGUUCCCCAUAGCGUUCGUUCCAGACAUCCGGUGUGCACCACCAUUUUACUCUUAUUCGGCCUGCAUGAGGGCUAAGCCCCGGAGUGUUUUAAGAAGUGAAUUCUGACUGUGUGGGUUGGAAACUUCCUCUAGGUCGAGGCCCCAAGCACAACGGAAAGAGCGUGUCUUGCAACUCGGUCGGUGGAAGCACUUCUCCGUAAUUAAUAUGCUUGAUCGCAACGUACAGGGAAACAAGACCGUAGCUUAGUGGUAGGAGCAUUGACCGUACUAACGUUCAGUAGUUAAAAGAACUCAGGUUUGGUCCUCAGGUGCUACCUGACGACGGCUAAUAAGCCAGAAAUGGCCAUCUCAGACUUUUGUCUUUCUAUUGGUAAACUCAUUGAUAUAUAUAAAUAUAUAUAUAUAUACAUAUAUAUAUAUAUAUAUAUAUAUAUAUAUAUAUAUAGAGAGAGAGAGAGAGAGAGAGAAAGAGAGAGCGAGAGAGAUUAGGGUUGAUCAUUAGGAGUUAAACUAGAAACAGAGCUUUUAUUAGAAGUUGGGAAUAGAUCAGGUCCUUUGGGAACGAAGUAACUUUUGUCGCACAAGUGGACAAAAAGCGGUUAACUUUAAAUCCUUCGUAGCAACAGAUUCUUCGGUCGGCUGACGUUUAUGCCAGUAGGCCUCCGCCGCACAGUCAUCCAGUCCGUACUGGCUGUGCCCGUUUCCAUUGAACCUUGAAAAUUUUGUGUUGUAUCUAGGUCUAUAUGCCUAUUGAUGCAUGCCUCGUCGGACUGCAUUGUCUCCAGAACUUCGGCCUAUUUUUAUUGGACAGGCGACAACGGUGCGAGUGUUUCGCCACGCGGAUCUAUUCCAUCUCUGGUGUGUGUAUGACCUGGUCUCCACCGUUAGCUGAUGCUCAUAGAUGUGGGUUGAUACAGAUUUCCGGGUUUGACUACAAUAGAUAGCACAUGGUAUUUUAUAGACAAAACCGUUUGUAUUAAGGUAGUUAACCGCACCCUUAGGGUGUGAAAGCUGGUUGGGUAAGGUUGUUAGGAGUUGGUGUGCUACUUGUGUCUGAUGGUUUUUUUUCAACUGCCUUGCGACAAGCUCAGAUGCAUUAUUCACGUAUAGGAGGGUUAGACAGGUGAUUAAUUUGUGUGCGUCGGUGAACGUAACAUUGGGAAAACGCGUCCUGAAUUGUUGAUGCCUCGUGCGAGUACCUAUUCUCGAAAAGAAUAGCUUGUUCGGUAAGUUUAUUCGUUGGAACAGUGGGUUUUAGGUCGACGUAGCAAGCUGUUAGCAGAGCCGCGUUUGUUGAAGACGGAAAGAUUGUGAGAAAAAAUUUAAAACGACCUCGGAGUGUGUGUCUUUGUAAUAAACUAGGGCUUAUAGCGCUCUAUCAGUCUGUACACGAGAAAAUUCAGAAGUGGCGGUUGCCCACCAACCUCUGUUUCUUGCGUGGUACCCCAAAGUGGCUGUCAAAGCGACUGUACCAGCGACUUUGUUCCCCAGUUAAGGACUCUGAAUGGGCAGUGAAGUCGACUGAAAAGUUGUUGACGCGUGUCCAACAAUCAAAAGUGGACGCAGGCGAAUUAAUGGUACCAUUUGGCGUGACCUCGUUAUAUACUUCUGUCCCACCCGGCCCGGCCAUAGACACUGCUGACGGCCUUCUCCGUGUAUGUUGGAGUUGUAUUCACUUAUACUUGGUACGGCUGCGGUCAUGUCCGAUCUAGCCGGCCUCAAUGAUGUAACGGACUGUACUUCCCCCGCGUGACGAUCGGCGGCAGCAGAUCUGGACAGCUCAAUCCAUCCUCUUCGCCAGCGACGGGAGCCAAACACCGAAAAUCCGAGAACGACUUCCAUGUCAUGACGGACUGUGUCGAGCCAGGUUUUGCGUUGACCCUCUCUUCGAUGCCUCCAAAUGGGUACCUGUGCCGGGUCGAGGUUAGCAACACUGAACUGAUGAGGUGGACGACGAAGAACGUGUCCCAACCAUCGCAGUCGGCUUUCGUGAAUGGCCUAUAUGUCUUUGCGUGUUGUCGCCACGAGUGUGCACUGUUUCAUUUAAAAAAAAGUCGGUGUACUUAGCUGGAAGGAUAGUCUUCAAGCAGUGGUGCUCAUAUACCUCUAGUUUUCGCUCGUCCUCAACGCGCACAGUCCGGCAUUUGCAACUUUACAGAAGGACAGGCCGGACGGAUGCACGGUACUUGCACAUCUUAGUGGCGAUGGUGAUGUCGCGUCGGACCCAUAGGCAUUUUCUAAGGUUUGAGGAAAUUCGGUGGGCAACAUCAAUUCCGGCUAUAAUGUUGUCCUUACUCUGUCCAUUCGGCAGCAAUCUCGUCCCGAGGUGGUUAAAACUGUCUACUUCAAGUUGACAGCCAUCAAUCCCCGAAGGUGCCUUCUCCUAGUUAGGGCUGCAGCUUGAAAACUCUUUGGUAUUUUCUGUGUUUAUGGAUGAGUGACUGAAUUAGUGACCUCGUUCAACCAUGACACCAUAGACUGCAGAUUGCCAAAACAUGAAGCCGAUAAAGCGAUAUCACCAGCGUGGUCGAGAUCAGUCAAGCCAGCGGCCGGAAGCUGACCAAUAGUUCAGACGAAUGGACGUCAUCAAGCUCGCGGAACUGUGUCUUAAGACGUUCUCUAAUGAUCAGGUUUACAAACAAAAGAAGGGGACACCGACGAGCUCGCCUUUAUCUGGAAUAAUUGCCAAAACAGCUUUGCAGAGGCUCGAGCAUCAGUGGGCUAAGCAUGGUUGGCCAGUUCAUUUGGAUAAAUAGAACAGGAUAACCCGUCCGUCGGAGAUAUUAGUAUAUCACGAACCGUCCGUGCAUACCAGCUUAUAAAUCGCCCUUUCAUAAGUUUAAGUAUAAACACAUUGCACUACUUCCCAAGGAGUUGUGGUCCUUUAGCAUUUAAUCGUAAGUAUGGCGCAUCGAUCCUUUUCCCUUGACCUCGGAGAGCGUGGCGAUGAUUCUUAACCGUCUAAGCUUUAUUAAGACCUCCCACGACUUGCCGAUCACUGAGGGAUAUUGGUUUAUUGGAUUGCAUAUGCUGGUAGGGAUACUCACUCCUAUGUUGGACCAUGUCGGACAAGGGACUGUUUCCCAUAAUCCAAGUGUUAUUUUUUUUAGGCCACAGCCCUUUGCUUCGUUUACCGUGAAGUGCUCAUCUUGUCAUUGAAAAACUUUUUAAUUUUCAGCGAAGUAUAUUUCAUCGGUCGUUCGCAGUUCAAGCCAGUAAGCGUUAGAACCGUCCUUGCGUCAAGUAUUGGCCACCUAAUUCAAGUUCGCGGUAUUGUAUCUCGAACAACGGAAGUCAAGCCCCUCCUCCGUGUUGCAACUUACACUUGUGAUCGCUGUGGAGCUGAAACUUACCAGGUAACAAAUUCACUUACAAAAUCUGCUCGUUGCUAUCCCACCCUAGGCUUCAUUCAGUGUUAAAUCCAUCCAUUCUGGUUGUAAUUGUGCAACGGUUCCUGGAAAGCUCCCGUUUAUUUGUUUUCGCAAAUGAGGUUUCGUGGAUGUACAGUUACCCCGUCGACUGCAGUUUGCCAAACAUUCAAUUGCUUUUUUCUAAUGUGUUAUUUUGCCUUCGUUUCGCCUGCUUUCUAAAGACUAAAUCUUACCUCGAUAAAAAAAGCUUGUGCCUUGCUCAUGCACGCUUGCGGACAGUGUCUAGAUAAUUUCAAAAUUUCCCUGCCCUCAUUGCAGUUGUCUUUCCGGAAAUGCAGCUGCGUAGUUAAGCUUUUCGUCGUUUUCUAGUCUGUCAACCGCAGUAGUUCUAAGAGGCCCAAUGUGCUCUUCCUUAGGAAAUAACCAGUCCAAGCUUCAUGCCGCUCAUUCUCUGCCAAACGGCCGCAUGUAAAGGUGCUGGCUCAGGUGGCGGUGGUUAUCUCCAUCUACAAACGCGUGGCUCCAAGUUCGUGAAAUUCCAAGAAAUCCGUGUUCAGGAACUUUCCGAUCAGGUAAGCCCAACGGGUGUUUCGUGAUUAUACAACUACAUUUUAUCUGUUGGAAAAGUAACGUACGUUCGUAAACAUAGGUUCCUGUUGGAAAUAUACCUCGUGGUCUGACUGUCUACGCUCACGGCGAAAACACUCGUCUUGUGCAACCUGGGGACCACGUCCUUGUCACCGGCGUUUUUUUGCCGUCUCUGCGCGGUACUGUUGCAGGCCGUGUAGCUUCUUCCAUGGCAGGCGGUUCUAGCGCUCUUCUCGCCGAUACCUUCCUGGAAGCUCAUACUGUUGUGCCACUGAGUAAAACCGACUCCGUUUUGGAGUCAACACCUACAGAGGAGGAAGUUGAACGACUGUCCGGUAAUAACUUUUGCUGUUAUUAAGUAUGAUAUCUGUCGUAUUGCUGCGUCACAUGUUCAAAUUUUGAUUCGUCCACUCCCUUCUGCCUACGAGGUUAGGCUGCUACGUUUUUCAAAUUAAAGUUUGUACUUAAAAACGUGCAGUAGCUGCUAUUCAUUUGAAAUCAACCUGUAGAUGACGCCAAAUUUUCGACCGUAGACAGGGUCUUACAACAUUUUUGUAUGUUUAUCCGCCUAGAUCCUGACAUGUACACCCUCAUGGCUCAGUCAUUGGCUCCGGAAAUCUACGGUCACGAAGACGUCAAAAAAGCUCUUCUCCUGUUGCUUGUUGGGGGCGUAGAACUAAAGCCGCAAGCUGGCUUGCGUAUUCGUGGCAACAUUAACAUUUGCCUAAUGGGCGAUCCAGGUGUCGCUAAGUCUCAGCUGCUUGGGUUUGUCAGUCGAGUGAGUGCGCGUUCCCAAUAUACUACCGGCCGCGGUAGUUCCGGCGUUGGUCUUACUGCCUCCGUGAUGAAGGACCCCUUUACCGGUAUGUUUUCUCCUGACAUCUUGUGCUGUCGCAUGUACUGGUAAACACUUGGCAUUCAUCGGAAUUUGCGGUUAAAUCCUCUAGGAGAGAUGACGCUAGAGGGCGGCGCUCUCGUUCUGGCUGACCAGGGCGUCUGCUGCAUCGACGAGUUCGACAAAAUGGCUGAAUUUGACAGGUAAUAAAAACCAUCUAAAAGCUGUGUAUACUAGCGUACCUGAGUAGGAGUUCCUCUUCUUAAAAAGCAAGUUUUACUUCUUCUUCUUCUUACCCCUUUUUGACUAGAACUGCAAUUCAUGAAGUCAUGGAGCAGCAAACCAUUAGCAUCGCAAAGGCUGGCAUUCUGACGACCCUAAACGCUCGUGUUGCACUCCUAGCUGCAGCCAAUCCGGCUUAUGGUCGUUACAAUCCUCACCGCACCGUCGAACAGAAUGUGGACUUGCCGGCUGCCCUCUUGUCUCGGUUCGACUUACUUUGGCUGAUUCAAGACACGCCUGAUCGGUGAGUUAUGAUACAAGUUAAAGAUGCAAAGGAAAGUAGCUUGAAGUUGGGGCCUCGCAGUCUGUGUGGCACACUUGCUUUUGCGUUCAUACUUUGCACCUCUGUCCCACCUUUCUUCCGAUAUGCGGCUUUCUCUCACCGUGUUAUAGCACCCCCUUUGAAGUUUUGCUGUAUCCCACCCUUUGUGUUCUAAUUGAGUUGGUGACGUGCAUUCAGAUGUGCGAUUUGCCAAAUGACGAAUUUGGAAUUCGCGAAUGACAUGACCCUCUGUAGUGAAAAGACGUAGGUAUGGCGUAAUAACAUUCUAUUAUCUUUGCGGGUAAGACGACGUCCUUCCAGCCUGAGGACGGGCCAUCUGUCGAGUCAGUUGGCUUCAAUGGUGCAGCGGUCCUCAACGAAUGAUAAUUUCACAAGUAACAGACUCUUGUAUCCCACGAACAUUCCUGGAAGGUAAGCGACAGUGCGACCUGGAUGAAGGUUUACGUACGAUACGUUGACUACCCUAUAAGAUGUAACAGACCUUGAUGGGGACAGUGGAACGACCGUCACGAAUGAUGGAUCAGCUGCGCCAGGUGUGUGUGCUUGUGUUUAUGUUUCCGGUCCCAGCUGGUGGUCAGGGUUAUGAUUGAGUGAAGGCAAACAAGCCCAAGGCAGUCCUGUAUCAAUCUACCCUCAAGACCCUGUCCUCCUCCCUCUGCUAUCAUGUCUUGGUCGACUUCGGUCUGGCAGGUGGUUGCCUGUUCGUGACCCCUGUCACCCAUACGAAGUUUAUUUGUCUCGGAAAGCCGAUGGGUUGUGUGUGCCCUUUCCCGAGCGAAUAUAUACAUGUAUAUAUGUAAUGGUAGGGGCGCUCACCGAUCGUUCCUACGGAACUCACUCGUUCUGUUGUGCGUUACGGGCUCUCCAGCCCAACCAGCAGCCGCACAGCGGCGCAUGAUAUAGGCAGUAUGUUAUUGCCGACAAAGACAAGGGAGACUGGAAUGGCCAUUUCUGGUUUAUUAACUGUCGUUAGCCAGUCAUACCCCACCCCGGAGUGUGGAACACCCGAGGCUCGAACUCGUUGUGCCUAUAUAAUGCGCCGCUGUGCGGCUGCUGGUUAGGCUCGAGAGAGAGCCCGUAAGGCCCAACGUAACGAGUGAGUUCCGUAAGAACGAUCAGUGAGCGCCCCCUACCAUUGUAUAUUCCCGAUCGAAACCGACAGGGCAACGAGCUCGUGGCCCAGUGGUUAGAGGUGUAGACUUCUAACUAACAGGUUGCGAGUUCGAGCUUUGGGUGUUCCACACUUCAGGGUUGAGUAUGACUGGCUGACGACGUCUAAUAAGCCAGGAAUGGCCAUUCCAGUCUCCCCUGUCUUUGUCGGUAAUAACAUGAUGUAUAUAUGUAUAAAGGCGUAUGUUAUCUCAUGAAAUUAUAACCUAGAUUCUGAAAUGUUUUCUUGUCGUAGAUACUACUUAAGUAGGGUCUUAAUAUCAAUCAUCGUGCAGUAUAAUCGCAUGGUAUUUCAGUCACGUCAAGAUGCCGGCCUUUUUUCGGCUGUCUGCAAAAGCGACAGUAAAGAUGACUAUUGAAGUAACGCGCGUUUUUGCCAUUGGUUUUCGGGGCCCUUAUAAAUUCACUUAUAUUCUAUAGAAAACGUGCCCAAAAAUAUUCUUUCCUGUACUUAUUCGGUGACAGAUUACGUCUUCAAAUCUUGUACUUGGUGAAAGAAUGUCUUUCGGUUUUUAAAAACGCCGAUUCCCGAAUAAUUUCGAACCCCGCCUGUCGUUACACUUGCACUCCGGGUUUCUAAACCGCAUGAUGUACACAUUCCGUCAACGGUAGAUCACACACUUCUCUACGCUGCUAGGACUCGUAAACUUGUGCAACGGAUGUGCACCAGAUUGUAUACUUUACAAGCAGCAUUAAUAAAUGGACUGAUGCGGUGCUGUAUGAGCGGACGAUUUACAGCCUUAAAACCGAAAGAUACCCCCUCUUCAACUAUAACAUUUGGAGAAGACGUAAUUUGCUACCAAAUGAGCACCAGAGAAAUAUUUGUGUGCAUGUCUUCUAUAGAAUGUAGUCAAAUUUAGAUGAGCAUCGAAAAGCAGUGGGUAAAGCUGCAUGCUACUUAAGUAGUUAUUUUUAGUCUGGUUUUUGCGGACGGUCAUAAAAAAGCGCAUUAAAAAGCCGGCAUUUUAGGGUGACUGCAGUACCUUAGGAUUAUGCUACACUGCAAUUUAUAUGGCAACCCUACUUAAGUAAUCUUUUGGGAUAAACAUAUUUCAGAUUUUUGGCCAGCACCUGGAGGUUGAGCAUGCCUGACUGAUGACGGCUUACAGGCCGGAAACGGCCAUUCCGGUCUCCCUUGUUUUUGUCAGAAUACCAUUAUCGUACUUUUUUCUACUAUAGCGAAAACGAUAUGCGUCUUGCCCACCACAUCACCUACGUCCAUUCUCAUGGUGCUGCGCCUUCGACUGUGGGCGGUCUGAACGAAGGAUCGGCCUCAUCGCAUGGCGGCUUUGGACAGACUCAAAUUCUUCCACUGAAUGAACUGCGACGCAUGGUAGCCGUCGCACGUGCCCAGCCGGCUCCAGUCGUGCCGGCCUACCUGGCAGACUACCUGGUCGGGGCCUACGUGGAGAUGCGCAAAGAAGCACGAGUCAAUCGCGAAAUGACAUACACCAGUGCAAGGUUUGUGCUUAUUAUUUGUUUCGCUAAUACUGCUGUACUUUUUUCCCUUACCUCUUCUACCAUUCCUUUUUACUUUUUAGAACUCUGUUGGCUAUCAUGCGACUCUCCACGGCGAGGGCUCGUUUACGCGCUGGCGCGGAGGUCACCAAGGCGGAUAUUGACGAAGCAAUGCGCCUUAUGGAGGCUAGUCGUGCCUCAGUACACAAUCCUCUCGGCGGCCCUCGUGACCGUAAUCGGUAAACUGAUGUAUACCUCAUCACAUUUGCCGGCGAACGUGUGGUAUCACGCAGUAGCCUUUUUGUUUUUUUUUCAAUAGGUAGUUCUUUUAUGGCAGAUGAACCUUCAUUGUUUUCUUAGGUAGUGGUUGAGUAUGCGAGCCCAUGUUUUUGUUACUGUAUCGUACUUAUUUGACCUUGCUAGGCACGUUAGGGUUACGCUUCUGGCUGGGCUCAAGAAAAUGAUUAAAUUUAUGGUUACGAUUAGGUUAGAGAUUAGGAUUAGGGGAAAGGUUAGGGUUGGGGUUAAGUUCGCCUGCCGUAUACAGUCUCACCCAACGCCUCCUUCAGCCAGUAACCUGGGAUUACUUGUUUUCUGCCCGUCUACACGCCACCUAAUUCGCAUCUUUCAGUUUGCGCGGUCUGUUCGGACACCUCGUUGACAUAAUAAACAAACAUGACUGAAAUACGAAUUUUUACAAUGCCUUCCACAGAUUCAGUUAAUUUCCGCGCCCGUCUGCCCUACUGAUAACAUUAAUAUUAUAAUCCCUCCCGUAUUUCAGGAGUCUCUGUGCCCUAUCUCUUCAGUGGGCUUACACAUCCGAUUCUUGCCUUGUCUUUGUGCCUUACAUACUCCCCUUCCCUGUGCCAAUUUCAUUUCGUUCUCUCAAUCCUCAACUCUUCCGGCCUCCUUAGAUUCUGACAGGGAAAUGACCUCUUUCACACGAUGGCCUUUGCUGCAGGCUUGAUUUUUGAGGUUCUGCCAGACCCUUUGUUUUUAUUUGUUCUAGCCCCGCCUCAUACAAAGACAACAUCUACCAGGUUAUACGUGACCUCUUAACCGCGGGUGGUGGCUCGACUCGUCUGGCGGAUAUUAUGGAACGCUGCGCUACCAAAGGCUUUACGCCGGCCCAAGUAAGUGCAGUUGCACGAUUUACAUACGUUUGUGUAAGGCAGCGCAAGUUUAUCAGUGUAUGGCUACGGCCGCUACCGACUUGUGCGAACGCAGUGUUCUUCAAGCCCACCGCUUGUCGCCGUUAGGGUCUUGUGUACUGCCAAGCGCCGCAUAAAUAUUUGGUGUUUGGAUGGUCUUUCGUCUGUCCUCUCUUCCUAUUGAUUUUUUCAUUGGGCUUCAUCUAUUGCCUAUUAUGUUCAUUUAGGUCAAUGAGGUGGUGGACGCCUACGAAAAUCUGAAUGUUUGGCAGGUGAACAUGGGCAGGACUCGGCUCACUGCGGUCGCAUAA